AUGUCUGGAGAUGUCGAUGUGCGACAGGAGAUCCUGCAGAAAACGCUGCAAGAAGUAGCGCAAGAGGACAAUGGUGACGAUGUGGCUAACCCAUGCGUCAUCUGCCUGGAAGCAAUCACAGAACCAGCUGUCACGGUGCCUUGCGCACAUGCGAAUUUCGACUUUUUAUGUAUCGUGAGCUGGCUGGAGCAGCGCCGCAACUGUCCGCUAUGCAACAGUGAUGUUCACAUUGUCAAGUACGAGCUUGAGGACCCUCAAGGACCGAAGCUUUACAAACUACCACCGGUUCCUCCAUCCGCUGCCGAUGCGCCCGUCUCUAUACCUCCUCAUCACCCAGGGCGGUUACCCCGUGGUCCUCGCCACCGACGACGCCCCGCAGAAAGCCCACGACCUCGGGAGCCGGACGAUCCCCUAAUACGGCGGCAAUAUGUCUACCGUCAUCAGCUUUACUCUCUACGAGUCGGCUCGAACCGUCUCUCUCAGUACUGCGAACUAUCACCAGAAUCGUUCAAUCGUGACGAAGAGCUGGUCUCUCGGGCACGGAAAUGGAUACGGCGCGAGCUUAGGGUGUUUACUUUCUUGAAUCCGGAAGGGGAGGCAGAACUAGGGCCUAGUCGGGUGGCUCGUCCUGGUCAGCAGCGACUUGAGAGCCGACGGGGGAAUAAUGCCGAGUUCUUACUCGAGUACGUUAUUGCGAUUCUUCGCACUGUUGAUAUCAAGGGCAGUGCGGGGCAGGCGGAAGAGCUCUUGCGCGAUUUUCUAGGAAGAGACAAUGCGCGCUUGUUCUUGCAUGAGCUGCAGGCCUGGUUACGGAGCCCUUACACGUCUCUGGAGGAUUGGGACCGCCAUGUUCAGUACGAGGAUAGUACUCCUGGUGGCCCCUUGGCUCGCCCAGCUGGGGGAGGCUCCGAGGUCUCUGAUCGGACCGCAACUCCGGUCUACCAACGUUCAUUUCGCGGGAGAGUAUCAAAACCUCAUCGGCCCCGGGGGUACCAACCAUCAGGUAGAUCGAGGGAUGCCUUGGCGCAAGCGAGACGGCUACAAUACGCACGGGACAGAUAUAUUCCUGAUUAA